CAAUUAUCACUGUACAGUAAUAUGACGUUUUACUCCGAAGCUCUGUUUACUUGCUCAUGAUUUCAUAUCCGUCAUCUUCCACAUACCUAAAUUUAUCUUUGCCCAACUAUUUCGUUUGCGCAAUCUUAUAAUCUUUACUGUUAGAUAUCCAAUCACUACACAAUGUCUGCCACACUUUUCCGCAGCUCCCCGGCUGUCCGCUCAGCCCUCAAGGCCGGAGCUUCAAAGAGAGCCGCCGGAGUUGCAAGCACCACCUUUGUCCGCGGAAAGGCCACCCUACCAGACCUUCAAUACGACUAUGGCGCACUCGAGCCAGCCAUCUCUGGCAAGAUCAUGGAGCUCCACCACUCCAAGCACCACCAAACCUAUGUCACCAGCUACAACGCUGCCACCGAGCAGUUCCAAGCCGCUGAGGCCAAGCAAGAUAUCGCCGCAAAGGUUGCUCUGCAGCCAUUGAUCAACUUCCACGGUGGUGGUCACCUCAACCACACCCUGUUCUGGGAGAACCUGGCACCAAAGAGCCAGGGCGGUGGUGGAGAGCCAUCCGGCGCGCUUAAGACCGCUAUUGAUGACUCGUACGGCUCGUUCACCGAUUUCCAAAGCAAGUUCAACACAGCGCUUGCGGGUAUCCAGGGCAGUGGCUGGGCAUGGCUCGUGAAGGACAACCAGACCGGUAAGGUCCUGAUCAAGACCUACGCAAACCAAGACCCAGUUGUCGGCCAAUACACUCCCAUUCUGGGUGUCGAUGCGUGGGAGCAUGCAUACUACCUGCAGUAUGAGAACCGCAAGGCCGAGUACUUCAAGGCCAUCUGGGAUGUCCUUAACUGGAAGACCGCGGAGAAGCGUUUCUAGAUGCGGCAUGUGAAAAAAUAAUAGCUACAUAUAUAUAUUGCAAAUGACAUGUAAGAGUGGCGAAUGUACCACAAACUGUCCAAUCUAUUGCCUAGCUUUGCCCCCAA